CCUCCCUUUCUCCACCCCUCGCCAGCACAAACAGCAGUGAGAUUUACAUUUGAAACGACAUUUACAUCUUCAACCUGCUUAUUCCGAAUAUACAUAUGCUUUGAGAGGCGUGUGAGAUAUUAAGAAGCGGAUCUGUAGUUUUUAAUUUUGCCGAGGACUUGACAAGCAGGGAAUCGUUCAUCAUCAUCGUCAUCCGUUCGCUUGUGAUUUCGGGAUCUCUGGUUGUAGACUAUACGCAGGAUUUUGAUGUUUUCUUGAAUGCUGUGUAUCGUGGGAGGGUUUUGGGAUGGAAUCUUUCCUGACUCACCCAACCAGGCCCUUUGGAAGCUAAACAUCCACUUUGAAAACAGCAUUUUGUUUAUUGUUUUGAUCAAGGUUAUUCCAGCACAACGAGUGAAUAUCGUCAUAUAUACGAUAUAUCUUCUUGUUACAGUUGGAAAAAAAAAUAAAAAUAAAUAAAGACUUGGAUCAACUCCGAUCCGCUGUAAUGCUUCAGUGGACUGAUUUUAUAUCACAGCUCAAGCUGAUACCCAGAUGUGAAAGUGGUAGUCUUCCCUGGGCUUCCCUGACCUAAGGGAUUAGUUGCAUUCAUUAUAACAGCAGAGCCGUCUUCGGAGGGUCCAUCAUGCCGACCUCUCGAUCCGGCGCAUGCUUGGUGGAAUACUGGGUCGAAGGCUCGCGCCGCGAUGCGACAGUGGAGGAUUUUUAUAAUAUGGGCACAGAAUUAGGCAGGGGUGCCACAUCUGUUGUGUUUCGCUGUGAAGAGAAGCAAACAGAGAAACGUUAUGCAGUCAAGGUGCUGAAGAAAACUAUCGACAAGAAAAUAGUGAGGACAGAGAUCGGAGUCCUGCUGCGUCUUUCUCAUCCAAAUAUCAUUCGUUUAAAAGAAAUUUUUGAGACUGAAUCUGAGAUUUUUCUCAUCCUAGAGCUGGUCACAGGUGGAGAACUCUUUGACAGGAUUGUGGAGAGGGGCUACUACAGCGAGAGAGAUGCAGCUCACGUUAUCAAACAGAUUCUGGAAGCUGUGGCGUAUUUACAUGAAAAUGGAGUUGUUCACAGGGACCUCAAACCAGAAAAUCUCCUCUAUGCUGACUUGUCAAUAGAUGCACCUCUGAAGAUAGCGGACUUUGGACUCUCAAAAAUUAUUGAUGAGCAAGUGACAAUGAAGACAGUGUGUGGGACCCCUGGCUACUGUGCUCCUGAAAUACUUAGAGGAAAUCCUUAUGGCCCAGAGGUUGACAUGUGGUCGGUAGGAGUCAUCCUAUACAUUCUGCUGUGUGGGUUUGAACCAUUUUUCGAUCCAAGGGGGGACCAGUACAUGUACAGUCGCAUUCUUAACUGUGACUAUGAGUUUGUCUCCCCCUGGUGGGAUGAAGUCUCCCUUAAUGCAAAGGAUUUGGUUAGUAAGCUCAUAGUGUUGGAUCCUCAUAAACGUCUCACAGUGAAACAGGCCCUAGAGCAUCCAUGGGUGCAUGGAAAAGCAGCACGGUUCUCCCACAUGGACACCACCCAGAGGAAACUACAGGAAUUUAAUGCUCGGCGCAAAUUAAAGGCUGCUAUGAAAGCUGUGGUUGCCACAAGCCGCAUGCACGAGGGCUCGAGGAGACGGACAGACAGCUGUGAGUUGCCCAACUCUGACAAGAACUCCCGCCAGAGCAGCUUACAGAAGGAAAACACAUUGGAUUCGCAGAGAGAGCCGAGUUCUAUCAAAGAAAGUUCUGACAAGGUUGAAGAUGGGGCCUCGCACAGUCCAUCAUCUCUAAGUCCUCCCCUCCACCCUCCCCAUAAAUCCAAACCUCCAGGCCUGCCUGGACCCAUGCCCACCCGCCCACCUCUGAUAGCAGAGGGACACAGGCAGACAUCUGUCAUUCCAAAGGCUCCUGUGGUACAGCCCAGGGUGCCCAAGAAGAGCUGCUCUGUGGAUUCUGGAGGGAAGCAUGAGCCCUUGUCAUUGAACACCACCCCACCCAGUCCCAAGAACCUCAGUAACGGUUUCACCAUGGGGGUGGAGGCAGGAGGCAAUACAGCAGAAUGUCAGUAAGACUGGAAAAUAUAAAGGUUUUUGUUUUUACAGAAGGAGUGACAAAGUUUGAGUCUGUGCUGUUUGUCGCAUAUGAGGAAAAAAGAGAUUAUGCUUUAAAAAAUAUCCACUGUUCACAUGCGCUAGGUCUCCGCGGCAACAUGCUCAACAAGCACGUGAUAAGAUGCAUGGAUUGACGUCUCAGCUGAGAUUUGUCCUCCGCCACCCGGAUUGAGGCGAGGCAUUACGCCACCUCGAGGACUUAGGGUGCAUUGGGAAUUGGGCAUUCCAAAUUGGGGAGAAAAGGGGAGAAAAAGAAGAAACAAAUAUCCACUGAGAAUUUAUUCUUCUCCUCUUCUGUUUUUGCUGUGGGAUAUUUUGAUACUUGACAAGUACAUCAUGAACAGUUUCUAAAAGAUCUUCACUCCUGGAGACAUGUGGCUUUCAUGGCAGCUUUAAUUUAGUGGCACAGCAAACAGGGUUUUUAUUUCUUUUUUCACUUUUUUUCACUUGUGCACAUGUAUUUUGAAUAAGAUUAUCUCUCAUCUGAACUGAAAUUAAUUUAACUCUUUAUUGCUUAUGUGCUAUCAUAUGCAAAUUAUCAUACAAUAAUUUUCUCUAUCUAAAGGUAGUGAAGAUCAUGUCUUUGUGAAGUUGUACACUGUGUACACAGUAUAUUUGUUUUAGGAAUGAAUGCCACAAGACCCUAAAAUUGUUAUUCUAUACACUAUUCAUAAAGGAAUAUAUGUGGAUAUAUACAGUAUAUAGGUAUAAAAUGUAUCUUCAUUUUAAUUCACCCUUUUUGUAUUUGCACUACAUCAGUGUAAAUUGAUUCAAAUGGUCAAAUCUCGGACCAAUGGAAAAAAUGUAUAAAUUAAAGAUUAGGUGACCCAGCACAUCUUUGACAAGAGAUAUAGUUCAUCAAAUCAAAUUGAUGUCAUUCAGAGUUACCACACUGAUGUCAGAAUUAGUCCUUCCGUACUCAUAUUGCUAGGUUAUAAAUGCCUCCGUAGUCUUAAGUAAUGAAAACAUACAGUUUCAACACCUGGCAACAUUUUACUGAAAAUCACACCUGAACUGCUACUGUACUCUGUAAAGAUCUUCUCAUUGAAGUAGAAUUUACAUGUCUAUUAUGUUUCAGCCACACUGUCUACCUCUUCUGCUGUACAGGGGCUUCCAACUCUAAAUCUACACUUAGGAUAGAUGGCAUGUAAAAACAUUUUUCAAUGUUGAAUGUCGAAGGGCUGUUUUUUUUUUUUUUUUUUUUUUUUGUGAACCUGUUUAUGUUGGCUGAUUUUA